AUGGGUUCUAAAGAUUUAGUUAAAAUAUUUAGUCCUCCUAUUAAUGUAGACUUCUUGAAUAAUAUGUUUAAUGAAAAUCUUCUUUCUGCUGUUAUGUAUAAUAAAAUUCUUCAAUUUAAUCAAUCACAUGUCAUUAGAAAAUUAAAUGAGUUGUAUGUCGAUAAAAAUAUCUUUGAUAUCCUUCAAUUAAACAGUAUUGAAAUGAUUAGACACUUUAACAUAGAUAGUAACAUCUUUCUAAAAUGGAAACACAAGGGAAAUAAAAUGAUUUGGUUACAUACUCUUGUUUGUACAUUGAUUCUCAAUAUUCUUCUUAGUCCAGGAAAGGAGAAUGAAGGAGAAGAAAGUUCUAUUUCAAUGAGUGAAAAUCCAUAUCUGAUGAUAGAGAAUAACAUGUUAACACCCAUUGAAAUAGUCGAUGUGAUGAGUAAGGAUAGUGUUGUAGUAGGGAAUGAAAGAGAAGAAGAGAAGUAUGAGUUUUCAGAUAGAAUUAAAAAGAGAUAA